GGGAGGAAGUAAGCAAACCGAAGGGGGCUUUCCAGCCACUUAGGCAUCAACAGCGAAGAGAAGAAGUGGCUUCUCUUUUUGACCCGCAUUUCCCUUUGGAUUUCAGAAAUAUUCCUAAAACAUAUUAUAGGUACGAUGUCACCUAUAUGUGACAGGCCCUUGGAUGUCUGUUUCCUAUCGAGAGGAGUUCGGUCGCUUUCAGUGUAGUCCAUGGUAAGCUACUGAACGUGCCAUUCACCCCGCAAAGCUUUAUUCGAAACGUUGUAGCUGGACAACGACGUUGCAUUGGCCAACGUUAACCAUCUGAUUCAUGUGCUGGACUGGGGUCAGAAGUAUGUUCCCCCUUGAAGGUUAAGUGGAGGUUUCACAAGGAGGAUGCAGAUCCUGGAUCAGAGUGUCAUGUCAGCAGGGCGUGGUGGUGACGGGCGGGAGCUCCAGAUUCACCUCCAGCAGGCGGUGUCCUCCCUGGGUGGCCUCUCUCUCGCCCAGAGGCCCUGGCCCGGCGACCCCCCCAACGCCACCGGCUUCCUGCCAUCCCACGGCGGCUUCAGGGACCACUUCCUGUUGACCCCCGAGCCCAAGUACUGCUGCGAGUCCUGCCGCCUGGUGCUCUGCAACCCCCGGCAGACAGAGUGUGGACACCGCUUCUGUGAGACGUGCAUAUCUGACCUGCUCAGCAAGCCUAGCCCAGUAUGUCCAGCCGACAAGGAGCCUCUGUUCAAGGACAAGAUCUUCCGGGAUAUAUGCUGCCACAGGGAGAUUAUGGCUCUGAAGGUGUUCUGUCGAAGCGAGAAGAGCGGUUGCAAGGAGCAGAUGAGCCUGCACCAGGUCAUGGACCACCUGAACGUGUGUCUGUACUUCGAGGUGCCCUGCCCCCUGGGCAAGUGUAAGGAGAGCAUGAUGAGGAAGGAUAUUCCUGAGCACCUGAGCAGGAGGUGCAAGCACAGGGAGGCCACCUGUGAGCUGUGCCUGCAGAAGAUGCCCCUGACGGAGCUCCAGAAACACAAGGAGACGGUGUGUCCGGCGUUUCCUGUGUCCUGUCCCAACCACUGCACCUUCCCCUCCAUCCUGCGGAGCGAGCUGUCGAGUCACCAGCACGACUGUCCCAAGGCCCAGGUCGCCUGCCCCUUCAUCCGCUACGGGUGCACCUUCAAGGGUCUGAACCAGGACCUGAGGGAUCAUGAGUCCAGUUCUGCCUCAGACCACCUCAGACUCAUGGCAGCUAGGAACAGCACCCUGGAGGCCAAGGUGGAGGACGUGAAGGGAGAACUGCUGGAGCGCUACAAGGUUCUGCCAGGCCUCAGCAGCCGACUGGCAGAGCUGGAGGCCCACUACGACGAGAUGAGGGAGAAGAACCGUCAGCUGGAGCAGAAACUGGUCACCAUGCAGAAGCUGAUGAGCUCCCACUCUGAGAAGCUGCUGGAGGUGGAGCUGGAGCUGAGGACCCUGAGGGGGGUGCGGGAGGAGGUGGAGGCUCUGAGGAACUCCGUGGAGAGCAUCCGCACCCGGCUCUCCCUGCUGGACGGAGGACGUGCCGGCACCAGCUCUGGGACUCUGGCUCUGGGUCAGUUAGAGUCCCAGCUCUCUCGUCACGACGACAUGCUGAGCGUGCACGAGAUCAGGCUGGCCGACAUCGACCUGCGCUUCCAGGUCCUAGAGACAGCCUCGUUCAACGGCACGCUCAUCUGGAAGAUCCGCGACUACAAGCGCAGGAAGCAGGAGGCCGUGGCCGCCAAGACCCUGUCUCUGUACAGCCAGCCCUUCUACACGGGCUACUUCGGCUACAAGAUGUGCGCCCGGGUCUACCUGAACGGGGACGGCAUGGGGAAGGGCACCCACCUGUCGCUGUUCUUCGUGGUGAUGCGCGGCGAAUACGACGCCCUCCUGCCCUGGCCCUUCAAGCAGAAGGUCACCCUGAUGCUCAUGGACCAGGGCCCCGCCCGCAAACACCUGGGCGACGCCUUCAAGCCCGACUCCAACUCCAGCAGCUUCAGACGGCCGGUGGCAGAAAUGAACAUAGCGUCGGGCUGCCCGCUGUUCGUCACCCAGACCCUGCUGGACAACGGGACGUACAUUAAGGACGACACCAUCUUUAUCAAGGUGACCGUGGAUACCUCUGACCUGCCCGACCCCUGACCCUUGACCCUGGAACGGCUGGUCUGAGAUCAGCUGAUGUGUCAGAUCAAGCAGAGGGCUGCGCAGAUGGACGGAUGGACAGAUGGACACCGAUGGAUGAAUAAAAGAGAGAGAGAGAGACAUUGAUAGAGUUUAAGAAAAAGA